AUGGAGUGUCACUCACAACCUGCUGUAUGCGGUAUAACUCCGCUCAACACCAGGAUUGUUGGAGGACAGAAGGCCCCUGUGGGGAACUGGCCCUGGCAAGCCAGCCUGCAAUCAGCUGGGAGGCACUUCUGUGGAGGAUCCCUCAUUAACAAUGAAUGGGUGCUGACUGCUGCUCACUGCUUCUCAAGGAUCCCAACCAGACUAACUGUGUCUCUGGGUCUCCAGAGUCUACAGGGACCCAACCCCAAUGGGGUGUCUCGGACAGUAACAGCCGUCAUCAAUAAUCCUAACUAUAACUCCAACACUAAAGACAACGACAUCUGCCUCCUGAAGCUCUCGUCACCGGUGACUUUCACAGGUUUCAUUGUUCCUGUCUGCCUGGCAGCUCCAGGCAGCACCUUCUUCAGCGGCGUUAGAUCCUGGGUGACCGCUCCAGGCAGCACCUUCUUCAGCGGCGUUAGAUCCUGGGUGACCGGCUGGGGCGACACUGGAUUUGGAGGUGGGUCAGGAAGCAGCUAG